UAAGUGAUAGCAGACUACACUUGAAGACUAACCGAAAGAGAGAGAGUGAUUUUCGCCGCUAUUUCAAACAAGGCGUAAUCUUUGUUUGGAAUUUGAUUGAAGGUCUUACUUUUCAAUGUGCUUAAAAUGGAAGUUGCAAAGCCAAAUACCAGAACUCGGAAAGUGAUAAAUUAUGCAGCCAUGAAUGGCGAUAGAUCAUCAGAUGAUAGUGACAACGAUUUCGUUGUCAACACUAAGGUUUCAAAACCCUCUGCCACUGCAUCGAAACCUUCAAAACUGAGUAAAUUGAAGCUAGGUUCAAGAAAGGAAACUAAGUUGUCUAAUAAAUCGAAAUUCACAGAACUAAAACCCAUUUCAGAUCAAUCAACAAAGGCAAUUCAGCCUCCCAUAAUUGCUGGAUCAAAGAUUGUGGAAGAGAUUGAUUUUUCCAUAGCAGAACCUGAUUUGAUAAUUCACAGCAUUUCGUCACAAGAUACAGUUAUCGCAUCCACGUGUGAAUGUCUUUCUCCUCAUGAACUGAGUGACUCUUCAGACUCUGAAAUCUGUGGAACCACUUUUGAGCUAUCUGCUACAGUGAAAAACAUGUGCCAAAAACAUGAGUCAAAAAAGAAGAUAGUUAGUGAGGAUGAGGAUUUCAAACCCCUUAAAACAAAUGAAGAAAGAAUAACCAAACGAAGGAUCAUCAGUGAAAGUGAUACAGCAAAAAAUAAGAAGAUCAAAAUUGAAAGUAAAGAAGAUGAAAAGUUGAAUACCCGUGGUAGUGUUGAAUCCAUUACAAAACUUUCAGUAGAUGAUAGUGAAGAUACUUCACUUCCACUGCUACCUAGACUAUCCCCCUGCACAAAAAUGGUGGAAAGGUCAUUACCUGAACAACUUAUCCAAAAUUGCCAGAACUUAGUUCUAGUUGCUUCAAUCAAUGAAGACAGUGAAUUACCAGUUGCCCUAGAGAAUAACAUUCACACAUCUGUAAAAGAAAAAAUCAAAGUAUCAAAAGACGACCAUAAAUUAGAAAAAGCUGAAGAAUACCCAAGAAUUUCCGCGCUUCAACACAUUUCUGAAGAUUCAAAUAAAAUUCGACCAGUGUCAGCGGAAGCAGUAUCUCCUACCAAAACUGCCAAAAAGGCAACGAAAGUCCUGAAACAAAAACUGCAAUUAAAAAAGAAGCCUGAGACGAACUCGAAAAGAGAUGUGACAAAUCUUAAGCAAUGUAGAGAUGAAUCAUGUGAUUCAUCGAAACCCACAGGAAUAAUUCAUUCUACGAUAGUCGACAACGGCCUUCCUAAAAACGACGAACUCGGAGGUUUUGAAGCGGUACCUUCCAAGAACACCCAAAUUACACAAGAUCCUGUUCACAUCUUCAAGCCACCUAGUCCGCCAUUGAGGGUUGCAGUGAAAUGGAAACCACCAGGUAAAGCCGGCGGUGGUGCAAAUAUUUUUUCAAAUGGAAAUUCAAAUUCUCCUUCAACAGGAAUUCGAUUAGGUUUAUCACGUAAUCGUCGAGCAAGCAAGCCAUUACACCCAGAUGUCAAAGUGAAGAUCUAACUAACAAGCGUUCGAAAUAAUUCUUAUAAGAGUUUUUGUUUCUGGAUUUACGCCUACUGUAUACCUAAUUCGUGCUUCACAUUGAACCGUGUUGUCUUUGCCUUUUCGAAAUUUGUAUUUAAGUUUAAGGAAUGGAUGGAUUCCUUGUA